AAUGCGGCGCCUACUGAUAAGCCUCCCCUACCAUCCAAGUGCGAAUACGGCACCGGUACUGGUACUCUUAAGGUUUCGCUUGCCCGUCCUUGUGGCCAUUCCGCUAUCACACCAGUACAUUCCAGUUACUCUCCUGAGCCCCGGGAAACGGGACUUUGUUCUCUGCCUCAAGCAUAAAAUUUGUCGUUACAGACCCAUUGCCUGAGUAGGCGUAGGAACCCAGGCUCAGCGAGCUUCGCCACGGGUCGGAUAUUUACGCAUCUAUAAGAUCGUGUAGGACCCGGGAAACGGGAAGGACACGAGGAAAACGCUACAGGAGCACAGAUACCAUGAAGCUGAAGACCUCAUCUACUGCAUUCGAGAAACCGAUUCGGCACCAGUCUCUCGAUGAACUGUACAGGGAAUUAGAUGCCAUACACUGGGGAUGGAAACUCGUUGCCUCAUGUGCGAAUUGGAUGAUGCUUGCUGGGUUUGUCCCCCCCCCCUCAAUUCAAUCACGGGCUAUUCUUCGGACUGAUUGUGCAAAGAUUUGUGGUGCUUCCCUCAGCGUUUGAUGAUGACGAUUCGAAGUUCAGGAUUGAUUCCAAUGUAUUGAGGAUAUCUGCAGUGGCAUUGCUAUUGACCGGGUACCUAGUUACUGGGAUUCUAUGCUAUACCUUCAAGAACCUAUUGUUCCAGGUAGAGGCCAUAUUUAUGUGCGCUACCCCCGAAACUAGGAUUUAUGGGUCACUAACUAUUUCAUCAGACCAGGACUUACGGGGUCGGCGUUGGGAAUGCUUAGUACGCUAUUCAAUGUCUAUGGCAAGAAAUACGAACCAGGGGAAAAGAGGUGGAGUGGAACAGCUAUAUCAGCGGUCGUUCUGAGUGCAGUGUUCAUCCUGUAAGUGCCCACCGUAUUUCAUAUCGAGGAUUACCUGCUGAUAAAUCCAAGAUUCUACGGAGCGGCCGCAUUGACAGGACAGAGAAGGAUCGACCUGAUUCGCCAACGAGAUUUGAAUGUUUCCGUCCUCCGAGAGGAACUGGAGAACCCUGACCUGAUACCAGAGGAAGAGCACAUGAGGCGUCAAUUAUUGACCCUACUUAUGGCCCCAUCUCAGAACCCUGGAAAACUUUUAGUUCCGAAUACCGGGUUCGACUCGAGUGCUGAAACUAGCCGGAGUGCAAGCGUGGAUCGGAGCCGGGGGCCCAGUAGAGACUACAACAGUGAUCAUAGCAGAGGCCACAGUGGAAAUCCAAGCUAUGAGAUCCGGCCCAGCCCGACACCCAGACCAAGUCAUGAUAUGGGCAUCAGGAGGGAAAGUGCGAUAGGAGAUGGGGGUGGUCUAGGUUUGCCAUCAUCACUAAGGCUGGAACAAGAGUUCAGAAGAUCAGGAGUCGUCAUGAAGGCUACACUGGGCCACGACGAAGAAAUCAGUGGCGACUACUGUCCCGAGCAUUACGGAUUAUAGAAGGAGUUGCUAUGGAGCACCAGUAUUACCAGAUCUUGUAAUUUUAUGCGCUCACCACCGGUGAGCUGUGGGCACCGCGAGUACCGGUAUUAUGGUACGGAGUUUGGAGUUAGGCCAGUUUCUUUGGGGGCCAUAAUUUUUUGUACAGUGUACUUAUUGCCAUCAUUUUCCUUUCACCUCCAUCUAGACAUCGCUCGUGUAUUUUAGUAGAGCGCCCGCGUGGCCAAGGUAAUUUUCAGGGGGUUAUUGUUUGAA